UGCACCAAGCCAUCGAUGAAAUAUUUCCAGGCAGUCACUAUAGAUGCUACAGUAGACAUAUGUACCAAAAUUUUAGAAGCAAGUUUCCAGGUGUGCUACUUAGAAAGUAUUUUUGGUCAACAGUUGUGGUUUCCACUACAUUCUUGUUUGAAAAGGCAAUGUCAAAUAUAAAAUCAAUUAACAAGGAUGCAUAUGAUUGGUUGAACAAUGUUAAAGCUGAGAUGUGGUUUCGACAUGCAUUUGAAUUUUUGUGCAAAAGCGACCAUGUCACCGACAAUGUGGUUGAAUGUUUUAAUCAAUGGAUUGCACCUUUUAGGAGCAAGCCUGUCCUACUCGUAGUUGAUGAGAUACGAAAGUUGUUGAUGGAGAUAAUAUAUAAGAGAUAUCAGGAGGGUUGCACAUACACUGGGAUUGUCACACCGAGAAUAAAGAAAUUGCUGGAUUUGAUCCAAACACAAUCAAGAGGAUGUAUGGUCCAAGCUGCUGGGGUAUAUGAGUUUGAGGUCACAGAUACUGAAGGAAGGCAUGUGGUCGAUUUGAAAAAACAAACUUGUUGUUGUAAAGAAUGGGAAGGUUCUGGAUUACCAUGUAAGCAUGCAGCAGCAUGCAUUGUUAGUAAGAGAGAAAACUUGGAGAAUUACUGCCAUGAGUACUAUAGCAUAAGAACAUAUUUGGCAGCUUAUGAGGGUAUUAUCCAUCCUUUACCUGGACUUCAAGAGAUAAGUGAAGAACACAGAAUUGGCAUUAUACAACCUCCACCAAUCAAAAGACUUUCAGGAAGACCACAUUCUCUUAGGAAGAAGGAAACUGAUGAAGUCUCACCUGGUAAGAAAAAAAAAGAUCAAGAGUUGCCAAUUGUAGCAGAUGCAACCAAGAAGGUCACAACAAGAGAAGAUGUACAAGACCUCCAGUGAAACAGAAAGCAAAAUCAUCCCAGAGAACUCAGCAGCCUGGAAGUCAACAUGAUACUAGUAAUUCUCAAAGAAUGACCAGAUCACAAGCUUUUUCAAUGACUAUUGAGUUGAGCAUGCAAGCCAAGGUUAAUGUACAAUUACAAGCUAAGGAAGCCAAAAGGAAAGCAAGGGAAUAGAGGAAGAAGGCAACUACUGGUGGAAGUUGAAUGCAAC